UCCGGCAUCGGCUACCACGGCUCCAUCGUCGGGGCCUACGCCGCCGCCGCGGGCUACCCGUCCCAGUUUGUGCCCGCUCUGGAUCCUACCAAGCCGGCGGGCCUGGUGAGCGGCCAGCUGCCGGGGGCCUUGGGGCUGCCGGGCAAGCCGCCCAGCUCCAGCCCGCUGACGGGCGCCUCGCCGCCCUCCUUCAUGCAAGGAUUAUGCCGGGACCCCUAUUGCCUCAGCUACCACAGCGCCUCCCACUUGGGCACCGGCGGCGGCGCCAACUGCUCCAGCUGCGUCCACGACCCGGCGGGCGGCCUGAAGAGCGGGUACCCCCUGGUGUACCCCACCCACCCGCUCCACUCGGCCCUCUCCUCCAGCGCCACGCCCAGCCUGCCGGGCCACCCGCUCUACACCUACGGCUUCAUGAUCCAGAACGACGCCCUGACCCACAUAUGCAACUGGGUCUCAGCCAGCGGACCCUGCGACAAGAGGUUUGGCACCUCGGAGGAACUGCUGGCCCACCUGAGGACCCACACGGCCCUGCCUGGGGCAGAGAAACUCUUGGCCGGCUACCCCGCCUCGGGGCUAGGGUCUGCGGCGGCGGCAUCGUGCCACCUCCACCUCCCGCCCACCGCCCCCGGGAGCCCCAGCUCCUUGCCGGGGUCCCUCUCCUUGAGAAGCCCGCACACCUUGGGACUCGGCCGGUACCACCCCUACAGCAAGAGCCAUUUGCCCACGGCCGGGGCGCUCCCGGUGCCCUCCUUGCCCACAGCGGGACCCUACUACUCUCCGUACGCCCUUUAUGGCCAAAGACUCACCUCAGCCUCCGCACUUGGAUAUCAGUAACUACUACUUGGUUUGCGCUCCCUCUCCCCUGCCCUUGCCCUGGACAAUGUAUUUAUUUACUGUAUGUUAGCUUAAAAGCUGGGAAUAUAAGUGCAUUAAUACACCAAUGAAUCAAUGGUAUGCAAAAAGUCUGUUCCAAAAAAAACACCUGAUUUUUUUUUUAAAAAAAAAAGAAUAUUGCCGGUGUGGGGGGGGGCUGUUAUUGCAUUUUCUUUUCUCUCCUUUGAUGUUUUUAAAACAAUAUAUGUUUUCCUCCCUCGACCCCAUGAACUGUUUUUUGCAUGAGUCUUCUCAAAAGGCGUUUCUCCCUCCUCUCUCAUUUGUUUAUCCUUAUAGAUAUAUAUAUAUAUAUAGCUAUAUACAUAUUCAGUUUCUCUUCCUUUUGUACAGUUACCAGAAAUGUAAUUUCUUUUCUUUGGUUCCUUCCCCCUCCCCUUUGGUGUAUUAUGUUCUGAGGAAAGGGUGGUGGGAGGCCAGGUGGACCGAGCGGUGGUUUGCCAGCUUGGUUCUAAGUGCGGAAUUGGGAAAAUGUGCCCCACUCCCGUGGUGUGGAAUGCGGUGGGUGCCCUUUUGCUGCUGGGGUGUAGCUGGCGCAUGGCGGGCACGGUUAGGACUACGUCUCCGCUCUGUAAAGUCCAGCCGGCCGUGAUUUCAGCGGUAGUGGAUGCCCUACGCGUGGUAGACGCUAGAGCCGGCCGGUGUGCUACUCCUCCUGGUCACCUGGAUUUUGCUGAUGAUGCUGAAGCCCCAAAAGUAGGGGAAACGAAGCAUUCCCCAGUGGGGCACCUCUUCCUUUUUAAUUUUUCUUUUCCUUUAAAAAAAGACUUGGAUUUUAUUUUAUUUUUUUAAUUGGCAAGCAUCCAUGAGGAACUGCAACAGAGGAACUUUCUCACCAAAUGAAGAAUGUGGGAAGAACUUGGACUCAGCCCCAUUCGUGCUGGGAUCUUUUAAAAUGAGGCCAGCCAACCCGCGGGGUUGCAAUUGUACCCUCAACGGCAGGCUCAAAUCUACAUACCAAAAAAAAAAAAAAAUCCACACCCCAAACCACCCGCCACGCCAUCCUCUCUUAAUGGCCUCCAUCGCCCAGUUUUCUCUUGACCCUUGGGAAUGGAACCGUCAUUAGGGUGCGAAGCCCCGACCCCCAGUCUAACGCAGCGCGGAAGGCUGCGGAUCCUUUUGGGGGAAUAGAACUCCGUUCUGGUAAGUCUUAUUUUGUUAAUAAAUGAAUACUUGGCUAUAUCGA